AUGAGUAGUGAUUAUUCAGAUGAGAGUGAGAAGGUAAAGUAUCCAUUAUUUGUUCCUCCUAAGAAGUUCAAUGACUAUAAGUGGGUGUUAGGAAGCUUGUUUUCAACAAGGGAAGAGUUCAAGGAAGCUGUGUCAAGUUAUGCUGUUCACAAUGGUAGGGAUUUAAGAUACCUGAAGAAUGAUAAGACUAGGGUCAGAGUGGGUUGCAAGGAAGGUUGUGGAUGGGUGGCUUUGUGUUCUAAAUUGCCACAUGAGGAUACUUGGCAGUUAAGAACAUUAAAUGAUAAUCACACUUGUAGUAGAGAGUAUAAUGUUAGGAUGUUUAAUACAAAUUGGCUAGGGAAGAAGUUGUAUUCAACAGUUAGAAUUAACCCCAAUGUCAAACUGACUGCUAUUUGUGACAAAGUACAUGAAAAAUGGAAUGCUGGAAUGAAUAGGAUGAAAGCUUACAGGGCAAGAAAGGCAGCAUUAGAUAUGGUUGAAGGGUCUUUCAAGGAACAAUAUAGAAGACUUUAUGACUAUACACAUGAGCUACUGAGAUCUAACCCAAACAGCACCAUCAAGAUCAAUGUCCAAGCAACUGAUGUGAUUCCUACUGAAUUUGAACAACAACCAGAAGAAUAUGUUAGCAGGCCAUUACUACCAAGCUUCCAUAGACUUUAUAUGUGCCUGGAAGCUUGCAAGAAAAGUUUCCAAGUUUGUAGACCAAUAAUAGGAAUAGAUGGAUGUUUUCUCAAGGGCAACUAUGGUGGGCAGAUUCUUGCAGCAGUUGGGAGAGACCCCAAUGAUCAAAUGUUGCCCAUUGCAAUGGCUGUAGUUGAAGCUGAGACAAAAGAUUCUUGGGCAUGGUUUUUUGACCUGCUAGUUAGAGACUUGGGAGGACCAGAAAUAUGUAAGAAAUUCACUUUCAUUUCAGAUCAGCAGAAGGGACUGUUACCUGCAAUAGAGGAGUUAUUGCCUGGAGUUGACCAGAGAUUCUGUGUUAGACAUCUAUAUAGCAACUUUAGAAAAAGGUUUCCAGGCAAGCAAUUGAAGGAAUUAAUGUGGAGGGCAGCAAAGUCAACCUAUCCCCAAGCAUGGGAAAGGGAAAUGAGGGAGAUGAGAAAGGUUAAUGAGGAAGCAUAUAAGCAUUUGUUGAAGAUUCCUCCUAGAUUUUGGAGUAAAUCACAAUUCAAAUAUACAACAAAAAGUGAUGUGUUGGUUAACAAUAUGUCUGAAACUUUUAAUAGUGUUAUUAUUGGACCAAGACAAAAACCAAUUGUAACAAUGAUGGAGGAGAUCAGAGGGUACCUCAUGGAUAGAUGGGCAACUAAUAGAGCCAAGAUCAGAGACCCAAGAUGCCUUAUAAAAGAAAAUCCAAAUAGGAUGUAA